AUGGCGGAAAUGAAGCGGAACGAGAAACACGGUGUUUUUAAAAAGCGCACAGACUUUGAGACGUUUGCUUUAUUCACGUUACAGAAGGUGUUAGAAUGUUAUUGAUGUAAAAGGCCAGGCGGGGACAAACACCGCCCGUGCGAAGCGUAAGGGUGAAUAUUCCCUCAUCCCUCGGUGCCAUCCCCGGAAAACAACAUCCGCGGAAAACAACAUCCGGCUCCUGACGCUUCUGUGACCGGGACCCGUCCACGUUCUCCUCCUGGAGGAGUCACACGUUGAGCGAUUUUCUGAAGCAGGAGGAGAAGGAGGUGAAGCCGGGAGACGAUGGAGAGCUGUGGCUUCCAGAACCAGCUCCUCUCCGUCAUGGAGGUGCUGGCCAAGGCGGCGGUUGAGGAGAUCAACCGGCGAGUGGAGGACAGCUGCGCGGUGCUGCGGCUGGAGGUGAACCGGAGCAGGAGGGACAUCGAGCUGCUGAAGAACAAGUGCGAGCUGAUGGAGGCCGAGCUGAGGAGGAGCAGGCUGCGUGCCCGGAGGAGAGCAGGGGACCGAUGUUCUCCUGUGGUCAAAGUGAUUCUCAGUAAACAAACUCAGAUCAUGGACUGGGACACACCGAGAGGAGCUGAGGCCUCACAGCAAACACUGCAGGGCACCGACCUGGAGGCUCCUGAUGAAGCCCAACAUGUGCAGAUCAAAGAAGAGUGUGCAGAGGAGGACGAGUGGAGGAACGACACGGACGACAAACUGAUUUCUGCAGCAGAACCGUCCCCGUGUUUCAAAUCCUCGACACCUCAGCCGAGCGACGCCUUCGUGGAUCACUACCUCUCAGCCGAGGACCCGGCGGAACCAGGACCUGAACCGGAACCGGCCGGGGGCGACGCUUUGCCACCGGAGCAGCAGCUGAGCGGCUCGGAACUGGUGGUGAAACACGAGAGGGAGGAAGAGCCGCUCGACUCGUGCCACGCGUCCGUGACGGUGGUCGAUCCCGAUCCGCUGUGGUUGUCCGGUCUGUGCGGGGACGCAGCCGAUCCCAGCUUCUCCUACACGGCGGGGGGGCGGCUGGGGCCUCAUUCAGAGGAGGUGGCGCCCAGAACUUACUCAGCAGGGAAGUCCCACUCCGUGCUGGUCCGAGUGAAAAGACGAGCGUCCAGGACGUUUGGAUGUCGACGAGCAGGGGACGGACUCAACUCUCAGAUCAACUCCCCGGAUCACAGCUCCAUCGCUCAUCAGCACCAGCGCAGAGACGAGGACCCGAAUCCAAACCCGGCCUCCUCCUCCUCCUCCUCCUCCUCCUCCCGCGGGGGCUUCAGCCUGGCGAGGAGGAUGAGGACGCCCUGGAGGUCGGGCGUCGGCGAGAAGAGGUUCAGCUGCACCUUCUGCGACAAGAGCUUCAUGAGGUUCAGCCAGCUGAAGGAGCACCUGAGGAGUCACACGGGCGAGAAGCCGUUCAGCUGCCUGCAGUGCGGCCGCAGCUUCACCAAGCAGUGCAACCUCAUCCGCCACGCCGUGGUGCACAGCGGCGAGAAGCCGUACGAGUGCGCGCUGUGCGGGAAGUGCUUCACCCAGCGCUCCAGCCUCAAGUCCCACCAGAAGACGGCGCACUGAGCUCAACCGGGUCUUUUUAUACACGUUCGAUUCCCGUGUUCGUCACUUCAAGAAAUGUUGUUUUUUUUUAUACAUAGUGAUAAAACUGGUUUAAUUGUCAAAUUUGUCAUUUCUAUUGUUGUUGUACUCAUUACGUUUGUUUACUAUUAUAACAUAUGAUUUAAUGUUGAUGGUCUCGUGUUGUAGCUCCGUGGUUUAGUUGCGUCAGGAAACAAUAACCUUCCUCUCAUAUUUUCUCACAGAUCAAAUGUUUUUCUUUUCGUCUGACAAAAGCCAAAGACAUUUUAUUUAUUUAUCAUUCGUGACAGAGAAAAGCAUCAAAUCCUCACAAAGGAGAAGAUGAAGCAGCAAAUAUUUGACAGACACAUGUAUUUAAUUGAUAAAUGGACUAAUCCUCACAGAUCUAAUUUAGAUUAAAGGUUCAAACUGUG